GAGAGACUGUCUGCGAGCAUGUUGGCGGAAAAAUUCAAAUGUUGCCAACGAAACGCCGCAGGAGCGGGAGUGAGAGCCGAGGGAUCGUAACACUGGAGCUCAAGGAUAAACCAUGGACUCUGCAUACAUCCCACUACACCUGGACGUCCACCAUGUUCCCUCCUAACCUCCUGCUCCUCAUGGUCCUGCUGCUACCUCAUGCCUCGUCUGGUCGCCAGGGUGGAGACACCAGCGAGAUCGAUCAUGGCAGGGUGCACCCCACACCUUCCGCUUUGUCACCGUCACUCCGGGAUCCCGGUCUGGCUCAGACCAUCCAGAGUCUCCUUUUGAGCCGACUGGGGCUGCAGUCUCAGCCUGACCCAAGGCCUGGAGUGCCAGUGCCACGGUACCUCGUGGAUCUUUACCACUUCCACCAGCAGCAGUACCAUCUAGUAGAGGACCCUUCAUUUAAUUUCCCCAGUCAGCACAUCCAGGAGGCCAACACUAUACGCAGCUUCCACCACAAUGAGCCCCUUGGAAACAGUCUUGGUGCAGAGGAUCAUACCAGAGUGCACAUUUCCUUCAAUAUCUCUUCCAUCCCUCAAGAUGAAAGUGUGCUCUCUGCUGAGCUCCGCCUCCGACGCAGUGACGAAGCAGCUCUGGGUCCUGGACCCCACAGACUAAACCUAUACCUCACUGAGCACCAUGAGGACCCUGAGCCCACUCUGCUGGAAACAAGGUUACUCACCAAUGGCCUCCGUAGUUAUAAAACAAGUGGUUUCUGGGAGGCUUUUAGUCUUAGUGCAGAACUCCUACAUAAGGCCCAUGCUGGGACUGGCAGCCUAGGAUUCCUCCUGGAGGUCAGACCUGAAAACAACACCACCUCACUUCCUGAGCAGACCCUCUCUUCUGCUGCAAGUGAGGGGACAGAGAAAUCAAAAGAGGCACACCUGAGGGUAUGCAGAUCUGUGGGACAAGACGAUCACAGCUGGGCCCAAGAGAGACCCCUCUUGGUUACUUACAGUCAUGAUGGCCGUGGACAGGCUUUAGUCAAACAUGGCAGAAGAAACCCUGGUAAUGGUCAGAGGAGAAAAGGAGCAAAGGCGAGGGUCAAGAAUAAAAACAAGGAUCUCAAUAGAAACCAAAUCUGGGGAAGGGACAAAAAAAUGGGGUAUACUGUGCCGAGCUGGGCGGAUGACAAAGGAGGAAUCAAUUGGAGCGAACGUGGAAGGGUGAAAAGAAACGGUGGUCGUUCUGCAAAACUGAAGCGCCUUUCCCGCAACAGGUGCCGCCGCCAUCCACUAUAUGUAGAUUUCAAUGACGUGGGCUGGGAAAAGUGGAUCAUUGCACCCAGUGGCUACGACGCCUUCUUCUGCCUGGGUGAGUGUCGCUUUCCUUUGGCUGACCACAUGAACUCCUCAAGCCACGCCAUGGUGCAAACUCUGGUAAACUCUGUGAAUGGAGCAGUGCCUCGGGCCUGCUGCGUCCCAACCUCUCUCAGUCCCAUCGCCCUGCUCUACCUGGACUCUCAAGACCGAGUUGUGCUGAAAAAUUAUCAGGACAUGGUUGUGGAGGGCUGCGGCUGUCGGUAGUGAGCUCCAAGUGACAAACUCACGUGGUCGGUGGGAACACAGAAGCAACAGAAGCAUGAAAAGAGAUGAGAGAAGGCAAGAAGAGACUCUAUAAGUCAACUAAUUUCAGACUGAGUGACAGAGACAAAUGUAGCAACAUACCAAGGAUGAGUGAAAGAUUGGGAAAGGGAUGAGAGAGAAACCAACAAUAUAAAUAUAUAUAUAUACAUAUACAUAUAUAUAUAUAUAUAUAUACAUAU